CUGUCCGUUGAGAAACAGGUGGACAUCUGGCGCCAGGGGUUGGCCGACAACGGUCUCAAAGCCAGUCGUUUUGAGGUCAUAGACUCCGAGUGGCAUUUGAGAAAGGAAGAGAUACUAGCAAUUCUUCCUGUAUUUGUGGCACAUUAUAACACAAUCACCGAAAGCGGCCACAAGUUUGACGUGCAGUCCAUAACCGACGCCGUGUUUGACGCUUACGUUAAUCCCAAAAGUGAUGUCCGAAAGCCGAACGCACUCAACGAGUUGAAGGCUAACCCGAGUGCCGAUAAAGUUGUCGUUCACAUGAAGAUUAUGAGUUUAAUCGCCACUAAAUAG